AUGAGUUCCCUUCGCUCGCUUCUGCCGGUCACCGGCUCCUUCAUCGCAUUCAUCCUGGGCAUCCUCUGCCUAUUCUCAGGCAGCCAACGCCAGUUUCUACCACAGGGCAAUCUCCUGACGCUCUACACCAGCGGCGCCGGUGGCGACGGCGCGCCCGACUUCUUCAUGGUGUACCCAAUGUCGUACUGCGUGGGGUACCAAGAAACGUGCGUGACGGACGCGAAGACCAACAGCACGACGAUCCAAGACCGCAUCACCGAGUGCUCGGACCGCAGCGUCGUGUUCGCCUUCAACCCGGGCGAAGCCAUCCAAAAGGCGCUGGGCAACCCGCCCACGGGCCUGGAGCCGGGCAGCUGGCCGGCGUGCAUCACCAACGACUUCCAGGCGCUGAAGCCCACCAACACCACGAUGGUGCUGUUCCUGAUCUUCGGCACCAUCGCCGCCAUCGUGGCCAUCGCCAUCCGCAUCUGGACGAUCGCGUCCGCCCGCGCCACGCGUCCGGACUGCGCAUCGCAGCCCCCGCGCUACCCCGGCACGGAGACGGAGCUGGAGCUGCCGCCGGUGAGCGUGGGGUUUUACGCCAUCUUGGUAGCGCAGAUCAGCGUAUUCAGCUUCGGCGUGGCGGCGACCAUCGCCAGCGUCAUCGCCAAGGAGUUCGUCGAUCUGAUCAGCGAGUCCGGCAGCGAGAAGGGCAUCUCGGCGGCCGGCGGCAAUACCUUCCAGGGGAUGGUCUGGACGGCGGUGGUGCUGCAGUUCCUGGGCACGUUGCACGACUACAUUGCCAUCGUGACGUAUCGGCGCGCGCUGCGGGCCGAGUAUGACCCGCCGGCGCCGCCGCAGGGCGAAUGCGCGGAGCAGAAGCGGCUGGUUGUGGAGGAGGAGGAGGAAUCAUGA